UAAAAUUGAUCGCAAAAUAAGCUAUUUCUGCAGCACUUUUUCGCGUACCUAAUUAAUAUGAGUUAAACGUGGAAAUAAAAGUUUCGGUUUUAAAAAUUAACGUAGUAACUAGCGUACAAUAAACCCGCACUAAUGUGAUUUUCAAGUAUCGAUUAUUUUGCCUUUGAAACAUCAAAAUGCCAACCGAAGAUCCAUGUGAAGAAAUAAGAAAAAUCAACUACUACUACUCAUCGAGUACAUAUCAAUGGAUAAGCAUACCGAUAUGCUUCAUAGGGGCGAUUUUCAAUCUACUCAACGUAUUGGUAUUCACAAGGAAAACAAUGAAUUCGCCAUCGAACCGGAUACUCGCUCAUUUGGCCUUUGCAGAUUUCCUAGUCUUACUGUCUUAUAUUCCAAAUAGCUUGCUGUGGAACAUCGAUCGUCGCAGUGAUUUUUGCUUAGCCGAGAGUCACGGUUGGACAAUAUUUUAUUGGUACAACGACAUUUUCACAUCCACGUUCCAGUUUAUAUCGAUAUUCCUGACAGUUCAGUUGGCUGUAUGGAGAUACAUAGCUGUAGCACAUCCGUUGAAGGAACGUUCUUGGUGCAGCAUGAGAAUCACUCGCAAUGCCAUGAUUGCCGGAUACGUCGUAUGUUGCGUUUUGUAUGCUGUUCCCUUUCAUCUGUCAUUUGAUAUCGAAACCAUUGACAAAAAUCAAAAUACGAAUGCACGUUACAAAUUCACAAUCGGCGGACAUCCCAUUAUGUACCAAAUAAGAUGUUACAUCUAUGGACUAGUGAUCAAAUUAUUACCAUCAGUUGCAUUGGUGGGACUUACUUUUAAAAUCGUCGUUGUCUUAUUAGCGAGAAAACGCCAUCACAAGCAAUUAACUGCUCAAAGUAACAUGAAAAACCUCGAAAUGAGACAACAAACCAACAAGUUAACAGCGAUAUUAUUGACAGUCGUGGUAUUAUUUUUUAUCGGCGAAUUUCCAAGAGGCAUGAUAUGGUUACUUGGAAUGAUCAAUGAGCAUCGCUGGGACACACGUCCUGGACAUUAUUGGGACACUCGUUACGAUUCACUGGUACGGAUAUUUGUCACAAUAGCUCAUAUUAAUACAUCCAUCACAUUUAUCGUAUACUAUAUUCUGAGUCAGCAAUUCAGAAGCACAUUUAAAUCUUUCUUCAGUCGUAACCCACAAAGUAUUACUCAUCAAACGCAUAAGCCUCUCGUUUUGGGUGAUAGCGAAAACACCAAUUCAGAAAGAAAAACUUUUGAAUUUUAGUGUCAAUAGUUCAUGGGUUCUUGACUGUUCAACAAACAGAGACGGGUUCAAAAACGUCGACUUGAGAUGAGAAAAAUUUUUGACCAGAAUUCUUCACAUUCGCCGCAAUUGUUUUGGCUUGGCCUUUCCAGUGGUGCCAUUCUAUGCAAAUUAGUUGCAAUGUGCACGGCGGGAUUACCGAUUUUUUAAAUAUUUUGCUAAUCGGUAGAGAUCAUCAAACGAUAAGAAAUGGCCAAUACCAGAGAUCCUCACGAAUUUUGUGCUGGUAAGAGGGGCAUUCGAAGAUGGUCAAAAUGACUGCAAACUGAAAAUUUUUAAUGCCUAGAAGUCAUUUCAAUUACCUAACCAUAUGCAUUAAAUGUCAGAUUCAACAAUAAUACAACUAACCAAUUCAAAUCAUGUCAAUAUGAUUUAUUAUUAUAAAAUCUGUCAUUUAAGAGGACUAAAAAUAUAAAUUAAUCUAAAUCAUUUUAUAUUAUAAAUGAAGGCACCAGCCAAUACUAUGGGACUCGCGCUAAGGACUCAAGAUAUAAUAAUCAUCCGAUGUAUUCGGAUACCACUACAUUAAUUGAUGCUGUUAGAUUAAAGGUCAUCACACAGAUAUAUAAUAUUUUGUAUACUUUUAUUAUUUGUGAAUAAAGUGCU